AUGACGGAUGAGGAUGUUUAUUACGUCGGAAAUUUGAUCCUUAAUGGUACGGGUGAUGGACAAUCACCACGAAUUUUAAGCUUAGUACCAAUGCCUCGAAGAAUACUAUCACCUAAUUAUGCGCGUAUGCAAAUCAGACGAGUUGAAAUUGUGCGGAAUUUUAUGGCUCAACAAAUUGAAGCAAUCCCAGAAAAUAGAAUCGCUGGAAGAUUAAUACGAUUAUAUAGAAAUGAAAAUGAACGUGACAGUCAUUCUCAGCGUGUUGAACAACAACGUCGUAGUCGAAGUGAGCAACGGUCACAUGAAAGUGAAGAGGAUUUGAGGAGAGUAGCUGGUACUAUCAGAACUUCUACUGUGGGUUCCGAAAUACGAUUCAGAUUCCAGGAUAGAAGAAGGUCCAUACUUAGAGUUAGGGUCAGGUCACUCUCACCAAAUUCAUCCGUUCUGCAAACUGCAACAGCAUCUCAAGAUCGUGUCGUGGAUGAAAGUAAUGAUGAAAAUUUUAGUUGUGACUUAUCGGAAGCAGUUCGUUGUUCCAACGGUUGUGAUUCGAUGGCAAAGGAAAUAUCGGUUGCAAUACCGAUGGAGGAAGGCGAUCCGCUAGGAGCAGUUCCCAAUGAUAAACUAAUUAUUGUUAAGGUUCAACCGGGUACGCUCGCUGAAGGAAACCUUAAGAUUGGCGAUCAAGUGUUGAAGCUAAACAAUACAGUUGUUCAAAAUUGCGACCAUUUCUUUCAGUUACUUCGUUUUGCGCCACCAUGUGCUACCAUAACGUUGGUGAGAGAUGAAAAUAAGGCAGCUGAACUUGAAGCCAAAGUUCUCAUACCUCCGGAUCGGGCUAAAUUAAUCACUCGUCGUGAUGGUUAUAUAUAUUUUGUGGCUCGACUUGAGUGGAAACCUGGUGGCCCUAGACUUGGUCUCGGUAUUAAGCACUACCAAAAUCGGGUGCUGGUGUCUCGAUGCGAUCAGGGUUCAUUGGCAUCGCAGCAGCUGCAAGUUGGAGAUCAUUUGAUUGAUAUCGACGGUCAUCCGGUUACUGAUAAAGAUGUGUGUCGUGAGCUUCUCCUAAAAAGUCUCCAGGCAAAUCGUUUCGUAACAACCGUUGUAGAACGUCCGGAAACAAUGGAAGCGAGACAUUGGGUACAAAGUGCACUUGCGGCUUCCGCCGCUCAAGCUCCAUCAGUUGCGAUGAACAGCGAUGUACGCGCUAUUGCAGCCCGAGAACGACAAAAAUUACAAAAAGCCGUUGCGCCAAAGAAAAGUUGUUUACGAAAGGGCAAUUCAAUGGGAAAAAAAGUGAACAUCGCCGAGGGUAAAGCAGUGGAAUUUAUAAUUGCAAGUGAUAACGAAGGCAAAAGUCUUCGUCAUGUUCGCAAAUAA